AGGUGUCUGCGGGAGCGUGGAGCCGGGCGGUGAGGAGGAGCGGCGGCCGUUAACGGCCGUUAACGGUCAUUAACGGUCAUUAACGGUCGGUGGGCUCGGGCCGGGCGGGCGCUGCGAGCGGGGCCCUCGCUGGGGAGCGGCUGUGGGGCCUCGUCAGCCGCUGGGGUUGGGGAGGGAGCGGCGUGCUGCCGCCGGCUCGGUGCGGGGCAGCGGGCGCCUCGGGGAAGGCGCCGGUGGUGCCGCGCUGCUGCUGGGCCCAACCUCUGCCUGCGCUGGAGCUGCUGGUGGCGAUGGAUUAAGGUCGCCGAAACGCUUGUUCUCUUCCUGACGGCGUUCGUGAUCGGCGCUUUAACUGAGCAUGAGCUUGCAGUGUGUCCAGGCAGCCAAGAAGGCCAACGGCAUCCUGGCCUGUAUCAGCAAUAGUGUGGCAGCAGGGCCAGGGCAGUGAUCAUCCCCCUGUCCUGGGCACUGAUGUCCAAGUCUUCAACAGCAUCAAAAAUGUCAUCCCAGCAGGAAAUACUGAGCGAUGGGCGCUUCAGCCGUGUUACCAGGGAUCCCAGGUUUUGGGAGAUGCCUGAAAAAGAGCGUAAAAUCAAGAUUGACAGGCGAUUCCGAGCGAUGUUUCAUGACAAGAAGUUUAAGCUGAAGUAUACAGUGGAUAAAAGAGGUCGUCCUGUUAACUAUACUUCCACGGAGAACCUGAGGAAAUUUUAUGCCCUGUCAGAAUCUGACUCUGAUCUUUCAGAAAGUGAUGGUAAAGAACAUGCUAAAAAGAAAAUAAAGAAAAAAAAACCUAAACAUCAAGGAGAAGCAGAGUCUGCAAAGCUGCUUGCUGAUGGUCAAACAGAUGAACAAGGGGUGGACCAAACAUGUGAAGCAGAGACAAAACUAAAUAAUCUUAAAAAUGAAAGACAAAAAGUGACAUCUAAAUUAAACUUGAAAGAGGACUCUAAGAAAACUGCAACAGAAAUUGAUUUCUCUCAGGGCAACAAGGGCCUUUUACGCAAAGGGGAAAACAAGCAAGGAGAUGCCUCAGGAGGAAGAUCAAUUUCAAUUCAAAACAAGCAAAAUUCUUCACAAUCUAGUGGUGCUAAAUCAGGUAAAGCUCUCCAGAAGGACCGUUCUGUAGGAGGAGAAAGAAAAGAAUCAGUGACUGCAUACACAGACACCUGCAAUCAAAGUGACAUUAGUAAAAGGCAAUUAGAGGAAGAUAUUUCUGCAAGUGAUGGUUUUGAGUAUGCAGGAUCGGAAGAAGAGGAGCCAGAAGAUGAUGAGGAAACAGGGGAAGACGAGGAGCCAGAAGAUGAUGGAGAAACAGGCGAGGAAGAGGAGCCAGAAGAUGAUGGGGAGACAGGGGAAGAAGAUAGUGAUUCAGAAGAUGAUGAAGAAAGUGAUAGUGGGCCUGAUCUAGCUAGAGGCAUAGGGAACAUUGAAACGAGCUCGGAGGAUGAUGAGGAUUUAAAUGACCUCUUUCCAAAGGAGCCAGAGAUAGAGCAUUCGUGGCGUGAGCUAGAUAAAGAUGCCCUUCGUGGAGAUGAGAUUACAAGUAGAUUGGCAGUUUGUAAUAUGGAUUGGGAUAGGUUGAAGGCUAAGGAUUUGCUGGCUCUAUUUAAUUCUUUCACACCCAAAGGAGGAACAGUAUUUUCCGUGAAGAUUUAUCCUUCGGAGUUUGGAAAAGAGAGAUUGAAAGAGGAAGAACAAAAAGGACCUGUGGAACUGUUUGAUCUUCCAGAGAAUACCACAGAGAAUGAUGGGCUUUACAGGGAAAAACUGCGUGAAUAUCAAUUUAAGCGACUGAAAUACUUCUAUGCGGUGGUAGAAUGUGAUUCUCCUGAAACAGCCAAUAAAAUUUAUGAGGAAUGUGAUGGACUGGAGUUUGAAAGUAGCUGUUCUUUUAUAGACCUGAGAUUUAUUCCAGAUAACGUUACAUUUGAUGAUAAGCCAAAAGAUGAAGCCUCAGAAGUGAACGUAGCUAUGUAUAAACCAAAGUACUUCACAUCUGCUGCUAUGGGAACAUCAAAGGUAGAUAUCACAUGGGAUGAGACAGAUCAUGAGCGAGUAACGUCACUUAGCAGAACUUUUAACAAAGAGGAACUUCUCGACAUGGAUUUUCAAGCUUAUUUGGCUUCGUCUAGUGAAGAAGAGGAGGAAGAGCAGCAAGAUGGUGACGUAGCUCAUGAAAUGGUAGAUGACAAACCCAGGAAAAGCCAAAAAGAUGAUGAAGAGCAAAUUGCCAAGUACAGACAACUUUUGCAAAGUAUCCAAGAAAAAGAGAAAAAACAGGAAGAAAAGGAUAUAGGAAUGGAGGUUAAAUGGAUUCCAGGCCUCAAAGAAAGCGCUGAAGAAAUGGUAAAAAACAGGUUGGAAGGAAAGGAUAACCUAACUCCAUGGGAAAAAUUCCUGGAGAAGAAGAAAGAAAAAAGAAUCCUUAAAAAAAAGAGAAAGGCUACUGCUGAGAAAGAAGAGAGUGAGGAUGAACUUCCAUCUGACGUUGAUCUCAACGACCCAUAUUUUGCUGAAGAACUUGAGAAAACAGGUUUAAAGAAGAAGCCAGAAUCAGUUGAAAGUACCUCAGAGGAUGAAGAUGAAGUUGAAAAACAGAAGGCUGAAAUGGCCCUACUUAUGAUGGAUGAUGAGGACGACGCCAGAAAACAUUUUAACUAUAAAAAGAUUGUAGAACAACAGAAUUUGAGCAAGAAGAAAAAGAAACUUUUAAUGAAAAAGAAAGAAUUGGUAGAAGAUGACUUCCAGGUAGAUGUUGCUGAUACAAGAUUCCAAGCCAUGUUUACUUCUCCCCUGUUUAACCUGGAUCCUUCGGAUCCAAAUUUCAAGAAGACAAAAGCAGUAGAAAAGAUCUUGGAAGAGAAAGCUCGACGAAGAGAAGAAAAGGAGCAAGAUCUUAAGGAGGCAAGCAAGGGGGAGGAGAACAAGACGGCAAAGAAAGAAGAGGUUGCCAAGAAAGCCAUAGAUCCUGCCCUAUCAAUGCUAAUAAAAUCUGUCAAAAAUAAAACCCAAGAGUUUCAGGCAAGGAAAAAGCAGAAAUUCAAAUAACUGAACUUUGGUUUUACUCAGACUUGACUUCAGUCUCAGUUCUUCUUGCUGUUACUACAGCCUGCUCUGAUUCCUGUCCACCUACAGUUUCCCCAAAAGCCACAUAAUUAUGAUGGUGAGUUUUGAAGUAACUAGAGUAAUAAACACACUUUACUUCUGCCACCACAAAUACUGUAUUGUACUAUUAGUAAAAACCUACACCUUGAAAACAUGUAAGUAAGGAAUUGAUGGGUUUGGGGUGGUUUGCUUUGUAUCAUGCCAUUUCUUAAUAGAAAUGCUGAAAAUGGCUACAAAAAGUAGUCAGAAUUAUGGUUGUACUUACAAGAAAAACACUUCUGCAGAGGUUUAUUGCUGAGACGAAGUGGUGUUAAUGGUUUUAAUUCCACAGAGGUAUGUAAAACAUAUCUCUUAUUGAUAAAGAAGGUAGUAAUAUAACUAAAAAUUAAGACAUUUUGUAUAGUUUUUUGUAUGUUUUUAAAAGAUUACAUAUGUGCUUGAUUAAUUUCUCCUUUAAAUACUUGAAGACUUCCUGGAUAAUAGAACUAAUUAAUGGAAAUAUUGCCAUUUAGAAGUGUUUCAUUAAUAUAUAUUGGAAAUAAAUGGUUCAAGUUGGCCCAAA